AUGACCACUGUAUGUGGGCAUUUUAAAUUCUCUCGUUUAACCGCAUGUUCGGAGUUUUUAUUACUGGGUCGUAAUGUUUUGGCAGUGUUACCGACUGGAUUUGGGAAAUCUCCUAUUCAUAAGCUACUGCCUUAUUUUCUUUUAGCAAAAGAUGAAAAGAAUAUUGUUAUAGUCAUCAGCCCGUUAAAUUCAAGUGCUACCAACAAGAAGUAUGACAGCAAAGGUACUAACCGAAUUUCGAGAAUAACAAAAAUCUUUGUUUUCAGUAGAGAAAACAGAUAUGUUAGAAAAAAAUACAAAAGCAUCUAUAUAAAUACGCCCAUAAUAAAUGGAAGAUUUGAGUUCCUGUUUGCCCAUCCUAAGCCUCUGCUUUCAUUUGAUGAUAAAGCACACUGUAUGGAACUGUGGUGUAAAAUAAGUAUUUCUUUUUUCAAAGAAGCUGUCAAGCAUUACCUAAGUCCCAGUUUGACUCCAGUAGUAGACACUUUCAGGAAGCAUUAUUUGAGUAUGUUCAAAGGCGCCGUAGUAAAAGUUUCACCAAAUAGAAGGAAUAUAUUUCUGGAUGUAAAGAUUCGUACACAAAGUUUUUGUGGGCUUCCAUCACGCUAUGAACAGAUUUUCCGUUCUAUAGCUUUCGAACUAGGCAGACAACAUAGGAAUUACCCAAUGAACGUUAUUUAUUCACAUUUGGCUAUGCAUCCCAGCAUGUACCCUGCUGAUUAA